AUGACAAUCCGACGAUUUCCCCCGGCUUUAGGCGGCCUCGGCGCAAACUACAACGAAAAGCUUACAUGGAUAAACCAUAAGGAGCUUCAACAGGUAAACGCCACCUGGAUUCGCGGCUUCAUAGACAUGCACCAAAUAGACACAAAACAUGUUACCCAAGACCCCAACAUACAAGCUCUCUUCCGAGCCAUAGACGCUGGAUACAAGAUAGUCCUCAGCCUCAAAUGGAAUUACUCUGAGCUGAGCUUUCCAUUAAUCGGCGCCGCGGCGCAUACCAUCGAGCUCCAGCGUCUGAACGCCGUGCUCCAAGUUCUCAUGGACAAAGUCAACAUCCUAGUCAUUGGGAACGAACCAUUCAUUGAAGUCCAAAAAGGUCACGCGGAUCAACGCUUAAACGUCUUCUACGAAUCGUUAGCAGACGCAGUCAUUUCUUUCCGCAGAGGAAUCACCGACUCCAGCAAACCAAAGCUAUACAUGGGUGCAUUUAAUCGCCUCGAUCUCCCUGUAAAACGAACACAAGCCAUCGAACGCAUGAUCCGAUUCAUCGCCUCAAGGCCCGAGCUUGAGGGUGCAGAUCUACACCCCCACAUGCCUACUUUACAAGGACACAAAUCCAUGUUGGAAUACGUCUUACCCCGCCUUAGACCCGAUCAGCGAUUCUUAGCCACGGAAUUCUCACUAGUUUGGCAAUGGAAGAAACAUCUUGCUGAUCCUGUUUCGAAUUACUUCUGUGACAAGUAUGCUUUUUCUAAAGGUGUGAGAGUUCAUCAGGUUAUCAGUGCUGCUAUGCAGGCUCCUUGGUCCUAUGAGCAGUGGGAGGACUUUUUAUCUCAUGAGCCUUGGUAUGUUCUGUGUUCCAAUUUUAUCACGGAUGCCAUGACACUUUAUAGGGGUACUGGGAGGCUUGAGGUGGCUACUUGUGGGUUUUGUCCUAUGCGGUUGAGGAAGUUGCCGCUUCCUGUUGAUGGAAAUCCGUGGAUGCUCAAUGGGGUUUUUGCGCCUUCGACUGUGAGACUUCGAGAGGAUGGGUCGAGGUAUGAGAAUUUCCCUUGGGCAGAGGAAUUUCGGAAUGCGCAGAAUUGCUAG